AUGGACUCUGUACAGAAGGCCGUAUGUGAUGCCACGGCCGGCUUGCGAAGCUUCGCUUUCGGUCAAUCGCAGAACACAGAAUCUACUGCGCAACAUGGCGAGGAGCCUGUCUCCGGCGUGCAGGGUCGAGGAACAGUAACUGAUCCAUACGACGCUGGAAACCGAGAUGAACAACCAGGUGCCCCUCAAACUCAAGACAACACCGCGGUCAUCCCCGAGCCACUCGAAUCGAUUACCCCCAUUGAAAUCAAGCCAACGGACGUCAGUUCCGCCAACAGCACCUCGGACCAGGGAGCCGGAGCCGGAGCCGGGACUGCCACCGCUACCGCUACCUCUGUAGCUCCGCAGUCAUCCCCUGCACCUGUACAGGAAAAGUCGCAAUCCACAACCGCCAGCAACACCCCUCCCCCCAACACCAACCUCGAACCCGGACCCGGCAACCCAGCCGUGGACGAACCCUCGCCCGCACAAGAGCAGUCGAAUCCCACCGCGAGCACGGCCGACACCACCACCAGCAGCAGCACAAGCAGCACGAGCAGCAACAUCUCACCCACCCACUCUGAACCCGAGAAACCUGCCCCUGAACAACGAACCCAGACCAUGGCCGGCAGCGAGAGCGGCUCGUCGCAGAAAGAGGACGGCGGCUCACCUGGCGGGGUGGAACGCGCCCCGCCUACCACUCAGCAGCAGGUGAGCGUUGAGGCGCUCAAAGGGCCGCAGGGUCCUGCGCCUAGGGAUGCGUAUGAAUUUGAGAAGGAGAUGGAUGGGCAACCGUCGAACACGAAGACUGAUCAAGAUACUGGUGACAAGGGCGAUACGGGGAACAGCCACCAUCAUAAGAUGGGACAUAUGAAGGAGCGGCUGGGGAAGGUGUUCAAGCAUGGCAAUCAUUGA